AUGGCUCCCGCAGCAAUCAUCGCUCCUUCAAUCCUGAGCGCCGAUUUUGGCGCUCUGGGUAAAGCAUGCUCAGACACGAUCGGAUUCGGCGCAGACUGGCUGCAUGUGGAUAUCAUGGACGGCCACUUCGUUCCCAACAUCACCUUUGGAGCACCGGUAGUGACUAUGAUCCGGCCACACGUGGACAAGCCGAAAGAAGCGUUCGGUAGAGGCACAUUCGAUUGUCAUAUGAUGAUCGCGGAGCCUAAGAAGUGGGUCAAGGAUUUCAAAAAGGCCGGCUGCGACCUCUACUGCUUCCACUACGAAGCCGCCAUUGAUUCGACCGCGGCCGAUAGCCCGGACGCGACAAGUGACCAAAAAACAAGCCCCAAGGAGUUGAUCCGCUACAUUCACGAGCAGGGACUGCGUGCGGGUAUCGCGCUCAAGCCCAAGACGCCGGUCGAUGUGCUAUACGACAUCCUCGACAAUGAAGCCAACAAGGAGGAAAUUCCCGAUAUGGUUCUUAUCAUGACCGUGGAGCCUGGCUUUGGUGGGCAAAAAUUCAUGCCGGACAUGAUGCCCAAGGUUGAGGCCUUGCGGAAACGAUACCCGGACUUGAACAUCGAGGUCGACGGCGGCCUGAGCGAGAAGACGAUCGAUGUAGCUGCCGAAGCCGGUGCAAACGUCAUCGUGGCCGGGAGCGCAGUUUUCGGUGCCAAGGAUCCUGGCGCGGUCAUCCAAGCAUUGCGAGAUGCGGUGCAGAAGCGGUUGUGA